AUGGUGAACUUCGAGAUGUUUGGGAGCAGCAUGGCGUGCAUGCUGCUGGUCAGCAGCUCGGCACCGUAUGUGGCUGGCGCCGCAGAUCACACCGACACGGAAACAGUGCCUCUCCCCACAGUGCUGAGUCCUCAGACGGUGGUGGAGCUCUUCUUCCAGACUGCAGCCAGGAAGCUGAUCGUCUCUCAGGUGUCCUCUCAGCGCUGGACUCAACUGGUGUCCAACGUGGUCGUCCUGCUGGCCCAGCUGCUUUGGCCCAGUAACCCUGGUUUCCAGUUCCCAGAGUGCCUGAUGGCCAACUGUCAGUACACACAGCUGCAGGAGUAUGUGCGUCUGACCGGUCCCUGGUGUCAGGUGAACAUCGGCUCCUGCCGCUUCAUGCUGGGUCAGUGUUACCUGGCCAACGGGGAGGGCCAGAAGGCUCUGCAGUGCUUCCAGGAGGCAGCGACGGAGGUGGAGAAGGAGGAGUUCCUGCUGAAGCUGACGGGCAGCGAGGAGGAGGAGCAGGAGGAGGCCUCCACCCCCAGACUCCAGUACUACAACAAGGUGCUGCGGCUGUUGGAGGACGUGGGCCUACCUGAGCUGGUCAUCCAGCUGGCCUCUCUGGCCAUCACGGAGGCCUGCAGCGACGCCCACAGCCAGGCCGCUCUGUGGACCAGAGUCUUCAAGCACCAGCUGGACCUGGGACACAACAGAGAGGCCUACGAGGCGCUCACACAGAACCCCGACGGCAGCAUGCAGCUGGAUUGUCUCCGCCAGCUGGUCGUGGUUCUUUGUGAACGUUCUCAGCUCCAGGACCUGGUCCAGUUCUCCUACGUCAACCUGCACGACGAGGUGGUUGGUAUCAUUGAGUCUCGGGCCAGAGGUCUGGACCUGCUGGCUCAUAAUUACUACGAGCUGCUGUACGCUUUCCACAUCAACAGACACAACUACAGAAAAGCGGGGACGGUCAUGUUUGAGUUCGGGAUGCGUCUGGGUCGAGAGGUCCGGACGCAGCUGGGCCUCCAGAAGCAGGUGAACUGUUACCUGGCUGCUCUCAACUGUCUGCGCCUCAUCAGACCCGAGUACGCCUGGAUCGUCCAGCCCACCUCCGGAGCCGUGUACGAGCGUCCCGGAGCGUCUCCAAAGAGGAACUCUGACGGAGACUUCUCCUCUGAGCCAGUCAGACGCCAGGUCGACAUUCUGGAGCUCAAGGACUUGGAGAAAGAGUACAUCCUGUCCCGCAGCCGCCUCACCCUCGCCCAGCACCACCCGCCGUCUGCUGCCAUUGCUGGAAGUGCCUCUGCGGUGGAGAUGGUGGCCCUGCUGGUCCAAUCCGGCCUGUUUGACUCGGCCCUGUCCGUCUGUCUGACCUUCAGCCUGAACCUGACGUCAGUCUUCGAGGGUCUGACCUUCAAGUGCAUCAAACUUCAGUUUGGGGGGGAGGAGUCUCAGAACGAGGCCUGGAGCUGGUUGGCUGCUAACCAGCGGUCGUCUGUGGUCAACACCAAAGAGUCCAGCGCUACGGACGAGGCGUGGCAGCUGCUGGCCUCUUACCUGGACAGGUAUCCGUCCACUAAUGGACAGCACCACCGCUGGGUCAUCAACAAGCUGCUGUCACACGGCGUGCCCCUGCCCGAUUGGCUGGUCAAGUCCUACAAGGAAGUGGACGCUGCCUCUCUGCUGCGUCUCUACCUGAACUUUGACCUCCUGGAUGCUGCAGCUGAGCUGGUGGUGGAGUACGUGGACGCGCUGCUGGGGAGAGGCCCCCAGUACUUUGGACUAGAGAGGCCUCUGUCUGCGACGUCGUCCUCCUCCUGGCUGCCGUACACGUCCAUCGACCAGCUGCUGCAGACGCUGAGCGAGGCGCAGAGCAACAGCAGCAUUUAUCUUCAAGUUCGAGACAAACUGGAGGAUUACCACAAACUGGUGGAGCAGACGACCAACCGGAGGCUGGUCUCUCGAUGAGGACGACCAAUCAGAGGCUGACACCUGAUGUAAAUAGAAUCAGCUGUUUGUGUUUAGUCUUUUAAGUCUUUUUUACCCUCAUGUUCUUCCUUCUUUGUGAUGAAAUAAAGUUCUUGCAUUUCAAA